CCUUCAUCCAUCUCACGCCGCCCCGCCUCGCCUCGCCUCGCCUCAGCGCCUCUACCUCAACCUACUUAAGUCGCCGAUUUACGACCCCACGGCUUCGCCUCAGUCGCAAGUCGCAACCCCACAGCCUCGCCUCAUUCGCCGUUUCCUCCUCGGCUCUCGCCAUCCCCCAGUCCCGCACCACCAUAAAUCGCUCUUUCACUCCAGAGUUUCUCAGAUUGCUUUGAGAGUAAGAGGGGAGUUGGUUCAGUGCCUCAUGGCAGGAGAACUUAUCUACCUCCAGCAUGUAAACUAGCAAAGAAUGAGAAACGAAGUUUUUGUGAGUGCUUACACAAAGUGAAGGUGCCUCUAGGAAAUUCCUCCAAUGUUCAAUAAAGGAAUUGAAGUUGAUUGGGUCGAAGUCUCAUAACCAUCACGUACUAGUCCAACAACUACUACCAGUGGCUAUUAGAAGUAUAUUGCCAAAAAAAAAAGUUUGCGCAAGACAAAAAAGAAAAAAAAAAUCAUGGGAGGAAAUGGAAAGAACAAGAAUGGACCGAAUGCCACAUCCAGGUCCCAGGCACGCCUUUCCGUGACGCUGAGAGAAGAAUCAAGUGGCAAGAAACAUGGCAAUGUUAAUCCAAAAACAAUGUGCAAGCUCGAUCAUCUGAAAAACAUUGCAGUGUGGGCUGCAGUCGAGGCUUCUGUGCCGUCACUUGGUGCUUUUCUUGGAGAGCGUUUGGCUGCCACAACCGAAGCAUUGGGCCUUCGAGCUGACCCGGCGUCAUUUGUCUGUGAAAGAUGUGAAUCUAUUCUAGAGCCCGGUUCCAAUUGCACGGUUAGGAUUGAGAGGAACAAAUCAAACAAACGGCGGCACAAGCAAAAGAAAUCCAACCCCACCACUAAGAACAACGUUGUUUACAGAUGCCACUUCUGUUCCCACCGGAAUUUGGUUAGAGGCACUCCAAAGGACCAUCUAAAAGAAAUAUGUCCACCAAAAGCUAAACCACCGGUGAAAUUAGACGCCUCUCAGGUGGAUGCUAUUGGUCUGCCGAUUUCCGGCGGACAAAACCUUGAAACGAGCUGCCCGGAAACUCCAUUGCCGGCAACUGGUCUCUCGUUGUUGGACUCAAAGAGAAGGAAAAGGAAUAGGUCCAGCGUGAAGAAAGUAGCCACAGAUGAAAGUGGCCUAAAUGCCGAUGAUGUGGAAAAGAGCAAACAGGGAUCGACUAAGAGGCGGAGAAGAUCGUGGACGAGCCUCAAGGAGAUUGCAGAGAGUGGCAGUAAGAAGAAGUUUACGAAUGUAACAGUUCCUUUCUUUAUCUAAUGAGAUAUUCAAGUUCAGUCAUAGCUAAAUACACCUCUCUCACAACUCUAUAAAAUGAGAUAUUAUAAAUAGGGCGCAGGAUGUAUAAUUUAUUACUUUUCAUGCUUUUGCCAAAAUUGGACAUGUGGGCCAUAAAAAUUCAAAGAAUGUACCUACUAGUGAGUUUGCUCAAAUGAUAAUUACUAUUUUUUUUUUAAAGCAAUGGCAAUUUUAUCAUUUCGAA